GGAACUACAAUAUGUAUAUAUACAGCAUGCCAGUUGGCAGCCCUAAUCAAAGAUAAAAUCAAUACCGGCCGUGAUUUGUUUACAAAAUGCUAUAAUUGCAAAAUUUAGUGUAUUUUAAUGAGUUGAAACUGGAAAAUAAAAUGCUUAGAUUUAAUUGUCAAACAAGUGCAAUAUGCCUGCUGCUUCUAAGCGGAGCACUGCCGGCGUUAGCCUCCAAUGGCGAUCGUACACAGUUUUUUCACAAUUGCCGACAAAAUUGCGAACGCACAAAUUGCUCAGCUGACGGCUUGGAAAUACAGGAGCAGGCGAUUAACUUCUAUGGCCAAACGAUAUUCGAUCGCAUCUUCGGUUGGAGCUGUGCGGAUGAGUGCUCCUAUGGCUGCAUGUGGCGCACUGUGUUUGCGUUUCUGGAACGCGGCUGGCCCAUACCACAGUUCUAUGGCAAAUGGCCAUUCCUGCGACUCUUUGGCAUGCAGGAGCCCGCCUCAGUUAUAUUCUCCGUCUUGAAUUUCGUAAUGCAUCUGCGUUUGCUUCGUAAAUUUCGACGGGAAGUGCGUUCCGAUAGUCCCUGCUACAAGUUGGCUCAUAUAUUUGGUUUGACCUGCCUCAAUGGCUGGGUUUGGUCAGCCAUAUUCCAUACGAGGGACUUUCCGCUAACGGAGUUGCUGGAUUACGCUUUUGCGUACUCUAUUAUUCUGUGUUCACUGUACUGCAUGGUGAUGCGUAUGCUGCAUCGUUACUCCCUGUUUUUGCGGGGCGUCAUCACUUUGGCAGUUGUCUCGUACUACAUUAACUACUUUGCCUACUUGAGCGUGGGCAAAUUCAACUAUUCCUUCAACAUGAAGGUGAACAUUGCCACGGGAGUACUUGCAGCUGUGGGUUGGUUUGUCUGGUGCCAUCGGGUUCGUUAUCGCCGGCCCUACUAUAAACGUAUACUGCGAUUUUAUGUGCUAUUUGCGCUGGCUAUGAGCUUGGAACUGCUGGAUUUUCCGCCAAUACUUUGGAUACUCGAUGCACACUCGCUGUGGCAUUUGGCCACAGUGCCUUUAGUCUCUCUGUAUUACGACUUCAUGAUCGAAGAUUGCCAAACGCUGCGCAAGGAGAAGGCAAUGACAGAGGCUUAUCCAUACUUUGACAAGGAUAUUUAAUUUAUUUGAAAAAUAUUUAAAGAAAGUUGAUCAUUAGACUCGCAUUGUACUGUAUUGUAACUUUAUUAUACUUAUGUAUAGAUUACAACAAUUUAAUUCUACA